AUGGUCUACCACUCGCAGUUGUGGGAGGAAGCGGGUUUGAUGGAAGUGCUAGCUCUUAGCUACUAUCACUUACCGCCUCACUUGAAAGCAUGCUUCCUUUAUUUUGGAGUCUUCCCGCAAGACUACAAGGUCCCUUUCUGGAUACUGAUCCGAUUAUGGAUUGCCGAGAGAUUUGUACAAACAUCUGAGAAUGCAUGCUUGGGGGAGAUGGCCGAGGAGCACUUGAAGGAUCUGGUUGCGAGAAACCUAUUAUUGGUGGAACAAAGGAGUUUCAGUGGUCGAAUCAAAACAUGUCGUAUUCAUGAUAUGUUGCGCGAUUUGUGCUUGAGAGAAGCUCUAGCAGAGGACUUCUUAUUGGAGAUCAAAGAGGGUGGGAGUACCCCCGCUUUGAGGCACCUGCAUACAAACAAGCCCAGUCAGUUGCAUGACCCUGUAGCCAAAAAAACUGAGGAUCAUGAUAGCCUACAAACCCUUGCCACCGUCACGCCCCAGAGUUGUACUGAGGGUGUCUUAGGCCGGACUCCAUGCCUAAAGAAGCUUGGAAUCCGUGGGAAACUAGCCACCCUCCUUGAGGAGAAGGGAGGGUCUCUUUUUGAUAACCUUACCACGUUAGAACAACUUGUGACAUUGAAGUUGUUGAAUGACGUAUUCCCUGAGCCUCCUUCUGAAUUUAAACUCCAGAGACUUCCCCCGUGCAACAAAUUCCCACCAAACUUGAAAAGGCUAACCUUUGCCGAUACCUUUCUUGAGUGGGAGCAAAUGCAUGUGCUGGGGAUGUUGCCAAAACUUGAGGAGCUCAAGUUAAAGGACAACGCGUUCACAGGGGUAAGGUGGAGUCUAGUCGGCGGGGAUUUCCAGAAACUCAAAGCUUUGCAAAUUUGGAAGACAGAUCUGGUGCUUGGUGGCCAAAGCUCAUCAUUUCCCAAGCCUUCAGCACAUUGUUCUUAA